CAGCACCUGCCGUUUGUUAUGAUGUGACAGCAGUGCACAGAGAUUGAUAUUUAUAGUUGAUAUUAGCAGGUUAAUGUACAGUAGCUUGACGUGGACAGGGAUAUAACUGAAGCUGAGGGCUGCUUCCACGCUAACCUUAGCCGUCCUGACUGACUUGACGACGAAGGAAACAACGAAAGUGUUCGUUUAUGUCACACGGAUGAAAUUAAUGCUCACUGGCGAAACGUCUGUGUUUUUCGAGAGGACAGAAAUGUGUCUUGUGGACUCGGACGCCUAGUCGAAGAGGACAUGUAACAAGGACUAACGACAAACAACAGUCCGGUGUUGACAUUUGUGUUGCAUCUUUUCGAUUUGUUGAAGCUAACAGUGACUGUUGACUAGCUCGCGGAUGUUGGCUAGCUUUAUAUGUCGCUGCGGCUUGUAUUUUUCAGAUAGACGUAGGUUAAAUGAUUCAGUGUGACAUAACAGACUAACCUUAUUCCCAUAGUAUUGCUGUCAUGUUUGCAGAGAGCUGCUAUGGGCAGCAGCUAUGACGCUAGGUCUACAGGGUUAUGUCACUGUCAGGCUAACAGAUAGCUCGCUGUCUGCAGCUGCUCCAGUGUUUGCAUGGUCAUGUCUCACAGGCUUGGCAUCAUGUAGACUGUCCCUCUGAACAGGUUAGGCUUCUGGGGAAUACACAGUGUGUUAGUGAGCCUCCUCGGUGAGUAAUGCAAAGCUGGAUUGCUGCUAUCCAACUGGGUCAAAGACUGACAGCUGGUACUGAUACAGUUUAGCUCAGGAUUGUUGCUAGCCAUGCUCAAAGCUGUCUGCUCUGUGUGAUAUUACAAACAUCCCAACCUAGUUAGAGGGCAUGUGAAUGCAUCAUGUCCUGACUGCAUCUCUUAUUUAUGCAAUAAGACACAUCAGAGCAGCCUGUCAUGAAAUAAAGCCGCAGUGCGAGCAGCAGCAGCACCAGGACUGAGUGGAUCAUUUUGCUCCAGGAUUAUAUUCUGAAGAGGAGAGCAACGUUCAGAGCUGUCCACUCCAGGACUCAGCAUCAGCUGUACCAUCAACUCAUCACGAUGGAGACAGUGGGAGAUUUUGAGUACAGCAGAAAAGACCUGGUCGGACAUGGAGCCUUUGCUGUGGUGUUCAAAGGAAGACACAGGAAGAAGACAGAUUGGGAGGUGGCCAUCAAGAGUAUUAAUAAGAAGAACCUGUCCAAGUCCCAGAUCCUUCUUGGCAAGGAAAUCAAGAUCCUGAAGGAGCUCCAGCAUGAGAACAUCGUGGCACUUUAUGAUGUCCAGGAAACACCCAACUCUGUUUUCCUGGUUAUGGAAUACUGUAACGGAGGUGAUCUCGCCGACUAUCUGCAAGCCAAGGGGACCCUGAGGGAAGACACACUGAGGGUUUUCCUUCAGCAGAUAGCUGCAGCCAUGCGCAUCCUCAACAGCAAAGGAAUCAUCCACCGUGACCUGAAACCACAGAACAUCCUGCUGUCAUAUGCGGGUCGCAAGAAGUCCAACAUCAGCGGCAUCCGCAUCAAAAUAGCUGACUUUGGCUUCGCACGAUACCUCCAGAGUAACAUGAUGGCUGCCACUCUAUGUGGGUCACCCAUGUACAUGGCCCCAGAAGUCAUCAUGUCCCAGAACUAUGACGCCAAGGCUGACCUGUGGAGCAUAGGGACAGUCAUCUACCAGUGUCUGGUCGGCAAGCCACCUUUCCAGGCCAAUAGUCCCCAAGACUUGAGGAUGUUCUAUGAGAAAAACAAGAAUCUACAACCCAUCAUCCCAAGGGAGACAUCCCCCACACUUGGUGAUCUUUUAAUGGGCUUGCUCCAGAGGAAUCAGAAAGACAGGAUGGACUUUGACACAUUUUUCAGCCAUCCUUUCUUGGAGCCAACAUCCACCAUUAAAAAAUCGUGUCCAGUGCCGGUCCCCAGCGCCUCUAACGCUGUAUCAGACAGUUCCUGUGGCAGUUCCCCAUGCAUCCGCUACAACUCCCCUCCUUCACUCCCGGACAUGCAGACUCUAGCAGAAGACGGCCUGUCAUCCCCUCCGUUGGGUCCGCCCAACUUCCUGCAGCUGUCCAAGGAGUCCGCAGGAAGCACCAGCAGCAAGAACUCCUCCUGUGACACUGAUGACUUUGUCCUGGUGCCUCACAUCUCUACUGACAGCUAUGACCAGCCAAUGGGAGUGGUUCGCCGGCCGUCCAGCGAGUUCCUCAUGUGUGGAGGGCAACCACAGCCGACCCCUGGACAGACUCCUAUGGUGUCCCCGCGGGCAGAGACCACCCCCAUCCCCGUUCCUACCCAAGUCCGCAACUACCAGCGCAUCAAGCAGAACCUCUCAAGCAGCCCGACCACCACGCUCUACAGCUCCCCCAGGUCUGGCACAGUGAGACGCUCCAACACUAGUCCUAUGGGGUUUCCCAAGGUAGGCUCAGGAUCCCCCAGUUCUGCAGAUGUCCCUCAGACAGUGGGUCGCCGCCUCUCCACAGGCAGCUCCCGGCCCUACUCUCCUUCACCUCUGGUGGGCACAAUCCCUGAGCAGCUGGGUCACUGCUGCUGUCACUUGCAGAACCACGAGCCUCGCAGCCGGAGUUCCUCAGGAGGCUCCCCUGUCCCGUCCUCUCAGCUCCUGGGGGCUCGUCUCCAGAGCGCCCCCACCCUAACUGAGGUCUACCAGACCAGGCAGAAGCUCCACAAGCAGCUGUCAGACCCGGUUCAGCCUUCCUCCUCAUCCUGCAGUCACUCCCCCCAGCUCGGCCGACCGGCCAACCUCGGCUCCUCCCCCACCAAGCUGCUGGGCUCUUCUCCACGCACGUCCGACUGGCUGCAGAAGUCACCUCUGCCCACCAUCAUCGGCUCCCCCACCAAGACCAUUUCAGCACCAUUCAAGAUCCCUAAAACACAGGCGUCCUGUAACUUGAUGGCGCUGGCAGACACCCCCAUGCCCACCAAGCCUCUGGCAGAUGCCAGAGAUAUCUGUGCCCAACACUGCAGUCCCUACCCCUGUGGACGUCCAGCUGCCCCUGAGGCCAGCAGGACCUUUGGCAGGUCUGUCAGUACAGGCCGUCUGUCUGAGCAGCCAAUCAGAAUCACUCUGGGUGGACAGGCCUAUCAGGGCAGCACUGACAGCCUGAACACAGAGCGACCCAUGGACACAGCCCCUGCAGGUCCCACUAUUCUGGCUCAGGGUGGGUCAGCAAGUCCCCGCACCGUCCUUUUCACCGUGGGGUCACCGCCCAACAGCAGCACUCCACCUACCUGCAGCCACUUGGGAACCCGACCACGCACCACCUCAGUGGGUUCCAACAGCUCGGCUGGCUCCCUGUGUUCCACCAGCGGUCGGGUCUACGUUGGCUCUCCUCCGGGCAUGGCCAUAGGCUCCUCUCCUCCAGGAGGCUUUGGUUGUGGGCAGAUCAUUCCCGGGACAGAGGGGGCACCCAGCAGCCUGCGCUACGUCCCCUAUGGAACCUCCCCUCCCAGCUUGGAGGGAUUCAUCACCUUUGAAGCCCCCGAGCUACCUGAGGAAACCCUCAUGGAGCGGGAGCACACAGACACCCUGAUGCACCUGCGGAUGAUGCUCUCCUUCACCGACUGCGUCCUGGAGAUGGCGGCAGUCAGAGCUGGGGGGACGGAGCUCGGCGUGUCGGCCGCCUCCCUCUACCCUCCUCAGGACAGUGUGGUUGUUGACCAGAUAAGCCAGCUCAGCAAAGAGUGGGGGCAGGUGGAGCAGCUGGUGCUCUACAUGAAGGCAGCUCAGCUCCUGGCUUCCUCCCUCCAUCUGGCCAAGGCUCAGAUUAAAUCAGCCAAGCUCAACCCUUCCACUGCCGUCAAACAAGUGGUGAAGAAUCUGAACGAGCGUUACAAAAGCUGCAUCUCCCUCUGCCGACGGCUGACCGACAAACUCAACCACUUCUUCUCUGAUAAGCAGCGAUUUGUGGACGAGAUCAACAGCGUCACCGCAGAAAAGCUCAUCUACAAUCACGCUGUGGAGAUGGUUCAGUCAGCAGCUCUGGAUGAGAUGUUCAAGCAGACUGAGGACAUAGCCUACCGCUACAGCAAGGCCGCCAUGCUGCUGGACGGCCUGUCCAAGAUCCUACAAGACCCCACUGACAUCGAGAACGUGGUCAAGUAUAAGGCCAGUGUGGACCGCAGGAUCUCAGCCCUCUGCUACUGCACUGUCACGCUGUAUGAGUAGCAGCUCAUGCACUCACACACAAACACAUAUAUAACAUGCACACACACAAAGAGAGGGACCACGUCCUAAGACUAUUGACUACAGUCCUCACAAUCCUGCUGUUCCCUCCUGUAGCAGUUCAAGCACUUUUUUUUUCAAUUGAUAGGUUUCAUCUGUAUUUAUCAUCAGUUAGUUUAACUUGCUGCAUCACGGACUGAACUGUGACAAGCGACUGAUGCGCAAAUUUACAACCAAAGAUGACAACGGAUCCAGAAACAAAGGCUGAAACCGGAUGCGAACAUAAAACGUGCACUUUUAAGUGCUUUUUAUAUGCCGUGAUGGUGGCAAACCAUCAGAUCAACACACAUUCACACACACACACACACACACACAUUAUAUAUGUUCAGGAUGUUUUUUUUUUACCGGAAGAAAAAAUCGACAGGAUGGACAGGACUAUGACAAUGAGAAAGCCUUGUGGGCUUCAAGAGACUUCAGCUCCCCAUGAAGCGUGAAGCAGUGCAUCUUUUUAAAAUCCUGCAUACUAUGUGAUAUCGUUGGUUAUUUACUCUGUGUUUAAGUUGUUAUUGUUCUUAUUUAUUGGUUCAGAAGAACAUGGAUGUUUUUAAUCUCCUGCCUGUCUUGAAAACCUCAAGUAUUGGAGUAGAAGGAAAUGGAAGAAAUUAACAAAAGGCUUACGGCCGCUCACUGUAACAGAUCCUACUUAGAUGCUCCGAAACAAAAUUGAAAUCAAACACAGACUCCUGUUACACAAACUAAAAUAACAGACAGCCACGAGAGCAAAGGAACCUGUAGAUUUGUAAUUGAUUUGUUUUUUUUUCAUGUGUUGUUAGCUCAAGCACUUUAUUGUGGAUUGAGAGGAGGAGACUGUGUGUGUGUGUGUGUGUGUGUGUGUGUGUGUGUGUGUGUGUGUGUGUGUGUGUGUGUGUGUGUGUGUGUGUGUGUGUGUGUGUGUGUGUGUGUGUGUGUGUGUGUGUGUGUGUGUGUGUACAAGUUCUGAAGGUAGAAAUGUGAAGGCAGGGAAAGGCUCUCUAAUCACUCCUGCUCCUGUGUGUGUGUGUGUGUGUGUGUGUGUGUGUGUGUGUGU